AUGGCUUCAACGAUGUCAAAUAUUGAUUCUAUCAGUUUAUACGAUGAGAUUGAUCAGGCAUUUACUACUGAUUUCAAUAACUUGAGCUUCGAUUUUCUUGAGAAAAAUCAAAUAUUUUCGAAUGACGUCGCAAUCAAGCAUGCUUCUCCACAAGAUUCUGGCCGUGGAUCAAUAAUUUUAAAAACAUCACGUUGGACAAUUACUAGCGAAGGAUUAAGUUUGUUGCAUGAAAAUUUCCAAAAGUUCUUGCAAAUCGAAGCAAAUGCUCGAAAAUCACAUUUCAAGGUUAUACAAUCCGGUAAAACUUUUUCAGAAACUUUGAAAGUUUCAUUGAUGCUUGCUGAAACUGAUACGUUGGAGAACAUCAACGGAAAAAUCUUUGAAUUAGUACGAGCAACUGACGGAUUGUUUUAUAAGCUUGAGAACUUGGGUGCUGUCAGUACACAAUAUUUCUCACAACGUCAAAAUAUCAUGCAAAGCAUCUUGAAAGCUCAGAAGGUUGAAGCUGAUUUUUAUAUCAAAAUGCCAGUACUUCAAAUCAAAGGCUAUCAAUUGCUUGAUGCAAUGCGUAAAGACUUUAAAGUCGAUGUGAUCGAAAAUGUUCUGAGGAAAUUGAAGGAUUGUUGUGACAAGAAAGGAAUUGCAAUUGGCAAAAUUCAGACUCGUUUCAAUCACUUGAAAUGUUUGAUUGAAUUGUUUUGUUGCAGCUUCAUCGAUAUGAAGAAAUUAGAAUCGGAUGACAACAAGCAGAAUCUGAUCAUGAUAAUUCGUGAUAUUUGCAUGACUACCAAAAGCUUUUCUAACAGCUUGUGGUUCCUUUCUUCGUUGCUUGGCGUUAACUAAAUUUUUAUUUUUAUAUUGCAUAUUCAUAUUAAUUUUUUAAAUUUGUAAAACGCG